AUGUCUGUCGCUAAGAUUGCUGGUGUUGUCCUCGGUUCGGCCGCUCUUGUUGCUGGCCACGGUUAUGUGUCUGGUGCUGUCGUUGACGGCCAGUACUACGGAGGAUACAUCGUCACCUCCUACGCCUAUGAGAGUGACCCUCCGGAGACCAUUGCCUGGUCUACCGAAGCCACUGACCUUGGCUUCGUCGACGGCUCUGAAUACGCCGAGGCUGACAUCAUCUGCCACAAGAGCGCUAAGCCUGGUGCUAUCUCCGCUGACGUCAAGGCUGGUGGUACUGUUGAGCUUCAGUGGACUGACUGGCCCUCCAGCCACCACGGUCCCGUCCUGACUUACCUUGCCAACUGCAACGGUGACUGCUCCGAUGUCACCAAGACUGACCUUGAGUUCUUCAAGAUCGACGAGAGCGGCCUCAUCAGCGACACUGAAGUCCCUGGAACCUGGGCCACCGACAACCUGAUCUCCAACAACAACAGCUGGACUGUGACCAUCCCCUCGACCCUCGAGGCUGGCAACUACGUCCUGCGUCACGAGAUCAUUGCCCUGCACUCCGCUGAGAACAAGGAUGGCGCCCAGAACUACCCUCAAUGUCUUAACCUUAAGGUUACCGGUAGCGGUAGCUCCACCUACUCGGGCACCAAGGGUGAAGCCCUCUACAAGGACACCGACCCGGGUAUCCUGGUCAACAUCUACGAGACCCUGAGCUCCUAUGACAUCCCCGGCCCUGCUAUGUACAACGCCACGUCCUCCGGCAGCUCCUCCGGCAGCUCCUCCAGUGCUUCUUCUACCAGCUCCGCUGCCGCUGCCGCUGUCACUACUUCCAGCGCUUCCAGCUCCACCACCAGCGCUCCUGCUGCGACUACCUCCGCCGUAAGCGCCACCACCACCACCGCCGCUGCUGCUGCCGUUGUCACCGACGUUGAAACCACCGUCCAGACUGCGGUCGCCACUGCUUACCAGACUUCGACUGACGUUGUGCAGGUCACUGUCACUGGCAGCGCCCCCCAGCAAACCCACAUCCAGGUUGCCAGCUCCAGCGCCGCCGCUGUUGCCACCCCCAGCAGCUCCAGCGUCGCCGUCUCCAGCGACAACCUCACCAGCUACUUCAGCUCUCUGAGCGCCGACCAGUUCCUCAGCGUCCUGAAGGAGACCUUCUCUUGGCUAGUCACUGAGAAGAAGCACGCCCGUGACCUCAACGCCUAA